AUGCAAUUAAUAAAUGAACCAGAUACAGACUUCCACUUGAAGUUGAAUGAGCAACUGUUCCACAUCCCAUACGUCAUGUUGCAGAGAAACUAUAAGCGAUGGAACGAGUGUCUGCACACGGAGGAAUCUCUCCUUGCAGAUGAGCUGGCACAGUUCAAUGCUUUGAUGAACUACAAGGACCUGAACAACGACAAACAGGCCGUAUCCGUUCUGACCAAACUCAUCAAACGCAUAGACGCAUUCGAAAAACGUAUAGAGAAGAUCGCAACCCAUGAGAUGGAACUUUUGGAUAGGAUAGACCACAGGAUCAAGUUUUUCAAAUUACUACAGCAGACCAAGACGGAGAACGACAGAUCAGGACUCUUGCAAUGGUAUCAACAGUAUACGAACUUGCUGAUAUGCGACUAUCUGACAAGGAACAGCCCCCUUCCACAAAAUAAUGAAAUGAAUCCCGGAGAGAGUUUCCUAUUGCAACACCACCUCGACAAAUUGUUGGAUCAUAGAGUUCUUGUCAACGCAAACAAGAUAUCCAAAGAGUUGACAGAGCACCACGACCUGACAGCUUUACUAAACUGGGUGAAGGAAAACAACGCACAUCUGGGACAGCGACAUUCGCAGUUAGAAUUCAAGGCUAGGUUUCAAGAGUACAUUGACGUUUUGAAAUCGGGCCACCAUGCGAAGGCGAUAGAAUGCUUGCAGUCCCAUCUGCUGAAAUUCAUGUCGUCCAACAGUAAAGAGAUACAGACUGCUUGUGGGUUGAUAGUUUAUAUAGACACUUGUGCUGAGCUGUUACGCACUGACGAACAACAGGACAACUCAUCCGCGGACCUUUCAAAGGAAUACCUUCACAGAUUUACUACCCAUGUUUCAAAAAAUAAAAGUGCAGCAUACCAGCACUUCUUUAGAUGUGAUUCACCCUUUGAAUCGCAGAGUUCGUUUGCGAAAACAUCCUUGAAUAGUCUCGACACAAUGGCGAGUUUUUUCAACUCGACAAACCUCUCAGAGUACAUGGACCUCUUGAAGGAAGAAAGGUGGCAGCAACUUAACGAGUUGUUUUUGGAUGAGUACUAUUCCCUCUACGGGAUAUCAAAGGAUGACCCCCUGCUGAUAUACUUAUCUCUUGGAAUUUCGACGUUAAAGACCCACGCGUGCUUAGAGCACAUUGGUGACUCUUCCGGGAGUCACAGUAUCCUCGAUACGACUUUACAUCAACAGGAACACCUGAACCCUUGCCCUGUAUGCUCGGAAAAUUUUGCACCCUUAGCAAAGGAUUUACCGUAUGCCCAUCACACAGAAUCCAAGUUAUUUGACAACCCAGUUAUGUUACCGAACGGGAACGUCUACGACUUGAAGAAGUUGGAACAACUGGCGCAAAAGCUGCGGAGGAAGAAAAUAUUCCCUCUACAGGAGUACGAGAUACUGGAUCCAAUUGACAAGGAGGUAUAUUCAAAAUCCGAUUAUAUCACUAUGUACCCAACGUAA